CCAAAAAGCAAUGAGCCCAUUAAAGAGGAGCCCAUAAUGUAUUGGGCUAUCAUGUUUAAAUUAAAGCCCAUUAAUCAUACGAUUCGUUUCAUGACGUCGUCGUCGUCUUCUUCCCCAUUCCUUUGUUUCAGUUUCACCACCGCGCGCUGCAAGAGAAAAAGGAAAUACCUAAAAUGCCCUCUGCAUUGUCUUCUUUCCCAGCGCGUGUGACGCUACUCGCUCUCUUCUCCGCCACAACCUUCUACUUCCUCUACAAGUCUCGCCGCUUGCGCCACCUCAAAACCCUCACUCUCUCUUCAAAUCACACUACACGUGGCAAAAUCCUAUUCGUUUCACAAACCGGAACUUCCAAAAACCUAGCACAGCGCCUCCACAAUCUCUUAGCCUCAAAGGGCGUCGUUUUCGACCUCGUAGAUGCUCAGAGCUACGAGCCCGAAGACUUACCGAAAGAAACCCUAGUUCUCAUCGUUGCUUCGACUUGGGAAGAUGGGAAUCCACCUUCUGGAGCACGGUUUUUUGCCACGUGGCUCGCGGAGAGCGUGAAGGAUUUUAGGGUUGGGGCGUUGCUUCUGAAGGGUUGUAGGUUCGGGGUGUUUGGUGUGGGGAGUAGAGCUUAUGGAGAGAGGUUCAAUGCGGUGGCUAAGGGUUUUGUGAAGCAGAUUAGGGAUUUGGGUGGGAGUGAGGUUGUGCCUUUAGGGGAAGGUGAUGUUGAUGGUGGUGAAUUGGAUUUGGAUUUUGAGAAGUGGUGUGAGAAGGUUGUUGGUUUUUUGAAAGGCAAGGUUUUGGAAAAUGGGGUUAAUGGUAAUUUGGAGUGUGGGGUUUAUGAUUCUGAGGAGGAAUCUGAAGGAGAGAGUGAUUUGGAGGAAGAGGAAAUUGUUGAUCUUGAGGACAUUGCUGGGAAGGUGCCACCAAGGAAGAAGACGGCAGCGGCAGCUGAGAGUAAUGGUAAUGGAAAUGGAAAAGUGAAUGGCCAAAGGGAAAUGGUGACUCCAGUUAUUAGAGCUAAUUUAGAGAAGCAGGGGUAUAAAAUUAUUGGUUCGCAUAGCGGUGUUAAGAUUUGUAGAUGGACCAAGUCACAGCUUCGAGGACGGGGUGGUUGCUACAAGCAUUCAUUCUAUGGUAUUGAGAGCCAUAGGUGCAUGGAGGCAACCCCUAGCCUGGCCUGUGCAAAUAAAUGUGUUUUUUGUUGGAGACAUCACACAAAUCCAGUGGGAAAAAGUUGGCAAUGGAAGAUGGAUGAUCCAAUAGAGAUUGUAAAUUCUGCAAUAGAGAUGCAUUCAAAUAUGAUUAAACAAAUGAAAGGAGUUCCUGGAGUUACCCUGGAGCGACUAAACGAAGGUCUUACACCACGACAUUGUGCAUUAUCUCUUGUUGGGGAACCUAUUAUGUAUCCAGAGAUAAAUACACUUGUGGAUGAACUGCACAAAAGGAGAAUUUCCACUUUUCUGGUGACAAAUGCACAGUUUCCAGAUAAAAUAAAGUCAAUGAAGCCUCUCACCCAGUUAUAUGUCAGUGUAGAUGCUGCAACAAAAGACUCCUUGAAGGCAAUUGAUAGGCCACUCUUUGGAGAUUUCUGGGAACGAUUCAUUGAUUCCUUGACAGCCCUGAAGGAAAAACAUCAAAGAACUGUAUACCGCUUGACAUUGGUGAAAGGUUGGAACACUGAAGAUGUUGAUGCUUAUUACAAGCUCUUUAGUAUUGGAGAACCUGACUUUGUUGAAAUCAAGGGAGUUACAUAUUGUGGCUCCUCUGCCACAUCAAAAUUGACGAUGGAAAAUGUGCCUUGGCAUGCUGAUGUGAAAGCUUUUUCAGAGGCCCUUGCUCUGAAAAGCCAAGGGGAGUAUGAAGUUGCUUGUGAACAUGCUCAUUCAUGUUGUGUUCUCUUAGCAAAGACUAAGAAGUUCAAGAUUGAUGGCAAGUGGUAUACAUGGAUAGACUACGAUAAAUUUCAUGACCUGGUAGGGUCUGUUUUCCUGGCUUUCCUGCAUGGAGCAGAGGAAGGUGGUUUCGAUCCUGAACAAUCAAGAUAUAGGAAAGAGAGACGACAUCAUAAAUCAAGUCGCAAUCAAUCAGGUUAGAAAAUUCGGGGAGCCCGUAUACAUAGGUUAAACAACCUUGGCAGUGUAUUUAGCCUUAAUACCUUAAAUGUCACAAUAUAGAGUCCUGCACUAGUGAUGUUUUUGAAAUUGAGAUUGGAAUGAUAUGUUGAGCUUUCCCAUUUUUGCCCCUUUUGAUUUUCUCCACUCA